AUGAUUCACCCAUUUUUCGAAACGCCGCGAUUGUUUUGCGUCGUUGUCGGACGUGCCGGGCGUCCUUUCUCCGUGACAAUCCGCGAGAACAACACCGUCGGCAUGCUCAAGGACAAGAUUGCGAUCCAAAAGAAGUACCAAUUCCCAGCCGACGAGAUGGAUCUCUUCAUGACGACAGAUGGUACGGGGUUCUCCACCGUAGCCGCAGCAGCAGUGACACUAGCCGACCUCCAAGACGUCCAACGCUUCAAGGCGAUGGGGCCUGCGCUCUCGAUCAAGAAAACGUUUGGAGGCACAUUCCCACCGAACGAAGAAGUAUACGUGUUCGCGGUCGCCCCCAAGUAUGCCUCGCAAUUGUUCUGCGUCGUUGUCGGAGGUACAGGGUGUCCUUUCCCCGUGACAAUCCGCGAAGACGAGACCGUCGGCAUGCUCAAGGGCAAGAUUGCGAUCCAAAAGAAGUACCAAUUCCCAGCCGACGAGAUGGAUCUCUUCAUGGCGAAGGAUGGUCGCGGGUUCUCCUGCGAAGCCGCAGCAGCAGUGACACUCGCCGACCUCCAAGACGUCCAACGCUUCAAGGCGAUGGGGACAACGCUCUCGAUCAAGAAAGCGUUUGGAGGCACAUUCCCACCGAAAGAAGAAGAAGUCUACGUGUUCGCGGUCGCCCCCGAACAACCCGUCGCUGAGGCGUUGACGCUUCCGAAAAUCGCAGAGUUGGGGUAUUCCACGAAAACGUGGAUGUUGCCGCCGGUGGACGGCGUCCCGCGGCAGAAUAUUCCAGACUUCGAAUGGAUCGACGGUGUGAAUGAGAACGACUCGAGGAACGUUCAAAUGUACAAGGAGUACGUUGCCUUAAUGCUGCAGGACUUUGUGCAACUCGUGGUGUCCACCACGGUUCGCCUCGGCUUCAGCACCCCCGUGGGCGAAUCCCGACGCAGACUCACGGGUGCCCCCGACUUGUACGUCGUCCCAAGAGGUUGCGCUUUUAACAUGUGUGGCCGUACGGAGGUGGUGAUGGUGAUCGAGCUGAAAAAACAUGACACGCUGUCGGACGCCAAUAUCGCUCAGACGGCGGGAUACUUGCUGGCAGCGCAUACCCUCUUCGAUAAGCAAGCAUAUCGACCUACUCCCGUCGCCGUGUUGACGAAUCUGCGGGACGAAUGGCAUCUUUUUUGGGUAGACCGGAACGGCGAAGUUUACGACCUACAAGCUCUGAAACUCUUCCCCGCGUUUGGGGAUACCAAUACCAUGGCGGGCCAGGUAAAGAAGUUUGCGCCCCUCGAGUAUGAAGACAACAUGGUGGAUGUGUUGGAAACCGAAGAAGAGGUCCUCCUGUAUCAGAUGUCGAAGCGACUGCAACGCACGACGGCAUUUGAUAUGCCGUAUGCGGCCAUGUACUCGUAG